AUGACUAAUUCAAGUCAAGUAAAUGAUGGCCCAGUAAGUGCUGUAACAAUAUCGGUUGCAAACAAUCGUUCAACUGUUGUCCUAGCAUCGGCUGAGAAACCUGCAAAUGGCCUGCAAGAUGAUCUGUACAAUGUGUACAUCAAUGUCAAAAUCUCAAAAGAACUCUGGGAUGCUUUAGAAAAGAAGUACAAAACAGAUGAUACGGGAAUGAAAAAGUUCAUUGUGACAAAGUUUCCGGACUAUAAGAUGAUAGACAGAUUGGUUGUGAAUGAUACUUUUCAAGUGGAUGCCAUUUUUGAGAAGUUACCUCAAUUGUGGAAGGACUUCAAAAACUACUUGAAACAUAAAUGCAAGGAGAUGAUUGUUGAAGAUCUCAUGGUAAGGCUGAGAAUCGAAGAGGAUAAUAAGGCUGCAGAAAAGAGGUCGUGUGGUAAUUUAGCAAUAUCUGGAGCUACUGAAUGUCGGGGUCUUAAGAAGGACAAGAAAAAUGAUCCAACAAAUUUGGUUGAAUCCAAAGGAAAGAUAGAUGAUCUCUGUGCAAUGCUUUCAGAAUACAACUUAGUUGGAAAUCCAAGAGAAUGGUGGAUAGAUUCUGGCGCUUUAUGCCAUGUUUGUGCCAACAAAGAAUUAUUUGCAUCAUAUACUCUAGCACCAGCAGAUGAGAAGUUGUUUACAGCAAACUCCGUUGUUGCAAAGGUGAAAAGAACAUGCAAGGUCCUCUUAAAGAUGACAUCGGGCAAGGUGGUGACUUUGAACAGGGUCUCGUACGUUCUGGAACUGCGCAAGAACAUAGUUUCUAUACCAGUUCUGACUAAGAACGGAUUCAAAUGUGUAUUUGUUUCGGAUAAAGUUAUGGGUGAGUAA